UUCACUGUACAUUUCAUUUGUUGAUUUGUGUUGAUUAUUGUUGAAUAAAUUGAACGUCCUGUACUGACAGUUCUUUCGUCAAGGAUUACUUUCUUUACAGGUUGAUUGUGUAAUUCAACAGAGACUAAUUAACACUCGGUCACAAUCGGCGGUAUAUUUCCUCCAAAACGGUCCCGCACCCUUUGCCUUGAGGUCGCUCUGUGUGGUCUCUCGUGUGGGGAAAAGCCUUUGGUUGGGAAGAUCGACUCUGCCACUAAUAGUGCUUGGUUUGAUCCCAUCAACUCAGGAUACAUCUGAUGAUAUGCCAGCUUUCGAAUUUGUUGUUCCCCUGACCAGCAACGCUGGCAUGGGUAUUACCAUGCCCAUCCCAGGCAACACACAGCCCUGGCAGCAGUUUGUCACCCAGGAUUUGCGCUAUCACAUUGUCUUUAAACUAGUUCAAGCAGUAUUUCCAUCACCUGACCCCAAAGCCAUGAAGGACAAGGGAAUGGGAAAAGUAGUAGCCUAUACGCCCAAAGAAUGGAAAAGGACAUGUAUGAGCAAGCCAGCAGUAGGGAGGAGUACUAUCACCUCUUGGCUGAGAACAUCUACAAGAUCCAGAAAGAGCUGCAGGAGAAGCCACAGAAGAGGAUGCAGGAGGUACUGAUGCUGCCGCUGGAGGCAUCCCCAUUAAUGCAGAAGCGCUGCUGCCCCAGCCUCAGCCUCCCCACUAACUGCCCAGACCAGUAUGUCCACUGGGAAAAUGUAGCUCUUUCAACCAAAGUAUAUCAGAUUUAUGCUGUACAUAACUACAAGUAUAUGGUCUUGAAGGGUUAUUUCGGUGUCAGUGUUGCUUGGCUCAGCAAUGAAAAGUGGACUGGUAGAAUGGGGCGUCAGGUUGGCAUAGUGACACUUUUGUCACCUUCCACUUCUGUGAAUCCAGCCCAGGUUAUCAUGGGGAUUUUUCAGUCUUUACUUAACUUUGUGGGUUUCUCUCUACAAUGGUCAUGUGGAGUUUUUCCUUCCACUUCUAAAACUGAACACUAUCCUCAUAUAUUUGCAGUUGUAAUUUGAAGUUGUAGAUCGUCACAUUUCUCAAGUGGUUACUGGCAGCCCUUUGAAAAACAUCCUGGA